AUGAUAUCCAAAUCCGGUACCCCCGUCCUCAUUGUCGACCAUCCCAGACCCCCGAAUUCGGACAAUAUCUUACCUUCCCCGACGAUGGGACCCGUCUGUCCAACCACAAAACUGGCGCCCAACGUACAUUCGAUACCCUACUAUCAAGAGGAAGCCACCGACCAAUAUCUCGAACGAGGUUUUACAAUAUUAAACUCUAACCUCUCUACUAUCCAUAAUGGUGUUGCAUUCAUCAUCAAAGACUCAUUUCUGAAAUUUAUUUCAAACUUCAUUCCAUUCAAUGAUAGAAUUGCUAGUAUUACUUUAAAUUCUAAAGGUAAAAAAAUUCACCUCAUUAACAUCUAUGAACCAGUUAAACCUUCAGAAUAUCCUUCCUUCAUUUCCUCCCUGACUAGUCACCUUAAACAAAUUAACCCCAAUCACUUCAUAAUUAUUGGAGGAGACUUUAAUAUAAAAAUAGGUAAUGAAAAUAUUGAUUACAUAGUAGGUCAUGCAGCUCUAAAUCAAAUUACUAAUAAUAACGGCAAAUUAAUAAUAGAAAUAUGUAAUAAAUUCAACUUAAAAAUUAUCAAUACCUUUUUCAAACAAAAAAACAAUAAUUAUUUCACCUUCUUUAAAUACAACUCGCCUUAUAAAAGUCAACUUGAUUUCUUUAUCACCAGCAGAAAAAUGUCCUCAUUUAUCCGUAAUUUCUCCAUCUUAAAUGAUUUCGACUUUCUCUCAGAUCACCGUCCUAUUUUCCUGAACCUAUUCAUCAAACCUUACCUAUUGAAAAAUCUUAACAAAUUUAAGAUCAAUCAACCUUCCCCCUCAAUUAAGAAAUCUUCUAGUGUAAAUAACUUAGCUAUUCCUUCAUUAGCCACCAAAUUCCACAAUGAUUUAAAAUCAAUUCCCACUGACAACUCAUGGCAAUCUAUUCAGAAUACUAUCAUUAAAUCAGCCAACUCCCAUCUAAAUAUUAAAACAAUUUAUCCAGACUGGAUUAGUCCCCACACCACCCAACUAAUCCUAUCUCUACCUGCCAAAAAUAAAAGAAAAUUAAAAAAGAAUGCUUCCAUCAAACUCAAAUUAAAUCAAAUCAAAAAAUCUAUUAAAAAAGACAAACGUAAUUACAUUUCAUCUAAACUCAAUCUCAUUUCAGACUUUAAACGUUCCAACAACCUUUACGAUGUCUUUAAAACUCUCAAAUUUAUUACUUCUUCUAAUGAAAAAAAAAAUUCAUAA